GAGUUCAUACACGAUAUUAUGUGAAUUACACAACUUUCAGGGGGAGGAUCCAAUACAAAGAUUUCCAAGCAUCUUUCGACAAUGAGCGCAGAGGAGAUCGGCAAGAAGGCGGACCUGGGUCCAGAGUACCAGCGCGUGCUGCCUGAGGCACAAGCCGUAGCUGCCAGCGGUGAUGUGGAACGCGCAUGCGAGAUCCUGCUGGCGCUAGAGAAACAGGCGCGUCUGGCGAACGACGUAGCCACACUGAAGGAGGCGGUGGGCUCCAUUCUGACUCUGUGCGCGCAGCACAAGCGCUGGGAGCUGCUUAAGGACCACGUGGCGCUGUUGGCCAAGCGCCGCGCACAGAAAUCGGGUGCCAUCACCGUCGUGGUGCAACGCGCCAUGGAAUUCCUGGCCGAGACGCCAUCCGACGCCGUCAAAAUGGAGCUCAUCAACGCACUACGCACUGUGGCGGAAGGCAAGAUCUUCUUGGAGAAGGAACGCGCUACGCUGACGCAGAUGCUGUCACGCAUGAAAGAAGCGCGUGGCGAGAUCGACGAGGCUGCAACCAUCCUACAAGAAGUGCACGUCGAGACAUACGGCGCCAUGACGAAGCUGGAGAAAACCGAGUACAUUUUGGAACAGGUGCGACUCACACUGGCCAAAAAGGAUUAUGUGCGUGCCAAUAUCCUAGCCAAAAAAAUCCUGCGUCGUACUCUGGAGGAGAAGAACUUCCAGGAGUGCAAACUCAAGUUCUACCACCUCAUGAUCGAGUACGACACGCACGAGAAUAACACGCUGGAGCUGUGUCGUCAUUGGAUGGCCAUCUUCAACACCGAAAUGGUGAAAGAGAAGGAGGAAAUGUGGAAAAAGGCACUGGAGCACGCCACGAUCUUCGUUGUGCUCUCGGCCUACUCGAACUUGCAACACGAUCUACUGCAAAAUUUGGCGAGAGAGAAAUUGACCGAAAAAGUGCCGGAUUUCGCCGCUGUGUUGAAGAAAUUCACCACUCGGGAGAUCAUUGGCUUUCCUAUGGAGCAGGACGCUGUGCUUAAGAGCCAUCCGAUCUUUAACCACGCCGAGCGUGGCGCCGGCUGGUGGAAAACUCUGCACACGCGCGUCGUUGAGCACAAUAUCCGCGUGGUGGCUGAACACUACGACCGUAUUCGCCUGCCUCACCUGGCUAACAUGAUUGGACUCUCCGAAGACUUGACGGAGAGCAGCAUCUCGACGCUGGUGAGCGAUGGAUCCAUUUACGCCAAGAUCGACCGCCCUGCCAAACUCGUUUCGUUCCACAGACCUCUUUCGCCGGAGGAACAUCUUUCCAACUGGUCCGCGGAUAUUUCUCAGUUGCUUCGUCUGGUGGAGACGACGUGCCACUUAGUCAACAAAGAGAACAUGAUCCACAAGAUCUAAACUUGCUAGCAGCAAAAAUUCACAAGAACUGCGGACUGACGGAUAUUUUGCCCGGCGAUCUAAAAAAUCAAAGAAAAACAGUGGCAAUCGAAACAACCUGUUCGUGUAUUGUCGUCAUAGUCUAAACCGCAUCAGUCCGACAAAAGAAUCCUAUCACUACACUCGUUAUCUACUUAGAGUAGAUUGUCCUCAUCUGCGUCGUCAAACUGUCCUGCUUCCGUUGCACUGGUUUCCAGUCCUGGGGACACCUGCAACAUCGAGUCGAAGUGCGCAGCCAGUUGAGCUGCUCGAGCCCCAUCAGCCACCUCGUCCUCGUCACAGAUCCAGCCAUCGUCGUCUUCCUCGUCGUCAUCCGGAUUCAUCUCCGCCGACUUGCUGAAGGCAUCAAACACCUCUUGCACUACACGACACAACAGCAUAAACGUCAGCCUAAAGAACAGCAACUUAGCAGUAGUUAACACCACGCACGAGUCUUGUCGUCGGUAGGUACGAAGCGCACUUCCGACACGUCCUGGUUGCUGAUCUGGCAGUACAAACAGGGCUUCGGGAAGGCGGCAGGGUCUCUAGAGAUGGCGUGCAAUGUAACCGAGCUCAUCUCCCACGCAUAGCCCACGUGCGUACCCACCGCCGCGCCCAACCAGAUCACGCGGCUUGUGGUCACAAACAGCGCACCGACAGAUCCGCUGUGUGCCAGCGUUUGCGUCUCUCCGUCGUCGUCCUCGCCCAUGUCACUAGCUGAAGCGUGAAUCUCCACGUUAGUGAAGCUGGCCAACAGGAACUCCUCAUCGUCGCCCGCUCCAGUACGCAGCAGCGGCGCGCCAUCGGCGCUCAAGUCCGUAGAGGUCAAGACGUUCAUAUUGAAAAAGUGCUCAAUAAUUGGCCAGAAUAAAGCAAAUAAGAAUGUGCUCCAAAACAAAUGGGCAAGUUGAAGUGAAAAAAAAUACAAAUUGUGCCCUUUUCACAAUGG